AUGUAUUUUGGCGAUAAUUUUGAUCACAGCCAAUGGGAUGAAAACCAUAAUGUCAAUGAUAAUCAGAUUGUAGGAAUUUCUAGCAAUGUAGAUGAUGAAUCUCGUGGAAACUCGGAACACUUAUUGAAUGGAAGCUAUCCGUUGAAAAUACCCAUGGAUGACCGCUGUAACAUACUAACAUAUAAUGAACUGAGUUUCAGCAGUCGGAUGGAGAUAUUAACUUCAAUGGUCUAA